AUUCAAAUAAUUUACAGGUUAGGGGCUUCAACUUUCAAAAUAUAACUUAUUAUGUAUUGUUAAUUUGCUAUUAAAUAUGAAUUAUUCCUAACACAACAAAUUUACGAGAUACACGACAACGGAAUCUUAAUCUAAAUGUUUUUAUGUGCAUCUUUUUAAGAAGUUGACCCAAGUGUUUCCUGAAGAUAAGUAUCUCUUGUAUAAAAAUAAAAAAGAAGUACCUAUUAGAUAAAAAUCUUGCAUAAAUAUUUAAAAUAUCACAAAAGAAAUACCACGUCAUGAUGUAAAACAAUUAAAAAUAAAACUUAAGUAAUACCGUUGUUUUUGAAUGGAAAAUGCAAAUUGUGUGCUACUUUUGUUAAAGAACAAGUUGGUUCAUUAUUACCUCAUAAAAUAGUAAAAAUUGCUGAAAAUGAGGAUCGUUACUGCAGUGGCCCCUGUAAACAUUGCAACUAUCAAGUAUUGGGGCAAACGAGAUGAUGACCUCAUAUUGCCCUUAAACGACUCAUUUAGUGCUACCCUUAGCUUGGAAGAUAUGUGUGCCAAAACUACUGUUAUGAUAAGCCCAUAUUUAUUGGAAAACAAAUUCUGGCUUAAUGGUAAAGAGGAAAAUAUGGAUAAUCCCAGAUUGAGUAACUGUCUAAAGGCUUUAAAAGACCGACUAAAUAAAGAAAAUUCAGAAGAGGUAUCUUCAUGGAAAAUUCACAUAUGUUCAGAGAACAAUUUCCCUACAGCAGCCGGAUUGGCUUCAUCAGCAGCAGGCUAUGCUUGCCUUGUGUAUGCACUUGCCUCACUCUAUCAAGUGGAUGGAGACAUUACAGCAAUUGCAAGAAAUGGAUCAGGUAGUGCUUGUCGCAGUAUUUUUGGUGGUUGGGUUCGAUGGCAUAAAGGAAGUCUCGAAGAUGGCACCGAUUCAAUCGCGACACAAAUAUUUCCGACAGAUCACUGGCCAGAAAUUAGAGUUCUUGUGCUUGUUGUAAACGACAGUCGUAAAAAGUAUAGCUCAACUUUGGGAAUGAAACAAACGGUAAUGACAUCUGAAUUAUUGAAACAUCGCACCAAAUUUGUCGUCCCAGACAGAAUUGAAAAAAUAAUAGACGCAGUACACAAGAAAGACUUUCAGUCGUUUGCAAAGUUAACAAUGAAGGACUCUAAUCAGUUUCAUGCUGUUUGUUGCGACACUUAUCCCCCCUGUUUCUAUAUGAAUGAUGUUUCACAUGCCAUAAUAGAUAUGGUUCACGUUUACAACGAAUUUAAAGGGCAACUGAAGAUAGCAUAUACAUUUGACGCAGGCCCCAAUGCAUGUCUAUUCAUACAAGAGUCAGAUCUAAGUGAAGUACUCUCUUUAAUACGAUACGUUUUUCCUUCGAAUUUAAAUGCCAAUGAGUAUUACAGGGGAAUUGCACUUGAUAAAGAUCUAUUUUCAAAGGAUUUAUCUUUACCAACUGGGAUUACACAGUAUGGCUUAAACACUUUAAGGUACAUAAUCCAUACUAAAAUUGGAGAUGGACCAAGACUAUUACAAGACGCUAAGGAGCAUUUAUUGGAUUCUAAUGGACUACCAAAAAAUUGUUAGCUGUUAGUGUGUGUUUUGAUAGAACUUCUAUUAUUUUUAAUUUUACUUUUUAUAAUAGAAAUAAAAAACAAAACAAGCUAAUAAUUAGA